AUGCUGUUUAUCACAAGUGUUUUUUGUCUCAUAAUCGCUGCAGUCUUUCCGACCGUAGCCGCUAUACCAUCCGUAUCAGCCACAGCCCCCACGGCAUGGAUUCACCCAGGGGUAAUGAUCAGCGAAUCCCAACUCAACUUCAUUCGCCAAAAGGUUCAAAAUAAAGAACAACCGUGGACAGAUGCCUAUAACGCCUUGCUCAAUGAUGACGGUGUCGCAAAUCCGAGGGAGCCAUCCCCAGUUACUAUUGUUGAAUGCGGAUCAUACUCUAUCCCGGAUGUCGGAUGCCUUGCAGAACGCAAUGACUCAAUUGCUGCAUAUGGAAAUGCAUUAGCAUGGGCAAUCGGUGGCUCGAAGCCACAUGCCGAACAGGCUAUCAAGAUCAUGGAUGCGUAUUCUGCCGUCAUCAAAGGCCAUAACAACACCAACGCUCCUUUGCAAUCUGGCUGGGUUGGUUCUAUUUGGGCUAGAGCUGGAGAGCUAAUCCGCUAUACCAAUGCCAGCUGGUCUGAUGCCAACAUUGAACAAUUUGGGUCAAUGUUAAAAAAUGUGUAUAUGCCUCUCACUGUGAAUGGAACUGAUCAUAAUGUGGCGAAUUGGGAGCUAGUUAUGACCGAAGCUGCGAUAUUGAUGUCGGUCUUUCUUGAAGACUCGGCGUCGUACGAUACUGCGAUGUCCUGGUUCCUGAAGCGGGUACCUGCUACUGUAUACAUGACAUCUGAUGGAGAGUAUCCAGUAGCCGCCCGUGGGCAGAGCUCAGACCCCGAAGCAAUAAUUUCAUGGUGGUUCAAUCAGACAGUAUUCCAAGAAGAUGGUCAGGCACAGGAGACUUGCCGUGAUCUUGAACACACCGGAUAUUCGUUCGCAUCUAUGGCGCACGUAGCGGAGACAUCACGAAUCCAAGGAACAGAUUUGUACAAGACGGAUGUAGGAACUCGGUUGCAACAUGGACUAGAGUUUCAUUCGGAAUUCGUCAAUGGAGAGUCUGUUCCAUCGUGGGUGUGUGGGGGUAACUUGAGCCUAACCCUUGGUCCAAUUACAGAAGUUGGUUAUAAUGGGCUGUCUUUCAGGAUGGGUAUCGAUAUGCCGCAGACUGGAAAACUCACUUCCAAGCAGAGACCCGCGGGUAAUAACGGAUUGUUUGUUGCGUAUGAAACAUUAACGCACGCGGAAAAUAGUGCUUAG